AUGCAUGAAUCAGGUGACCAAGUUACUCAACAAGCUGAUGGAGGUUCACAGUCGCAUGAGCAGUGCCAGAACUCUCCAAUUCAACAAUCUCCACUUGGAACAAGGCACGUACCAACUGAAGAAAAUCCAAAUCAGGAUUCUCAAGGUCAACAUUCCAAUGACACCACCUUCAUGUCAUGCAACUCGGACGAUGCAGGAAAAGAAACUACAAAUGAUUCAAGUGAAGUACAUCAGAAAACCCGAGGCCCUACAUUUAUGAAAGAAAUUUGGGGUCGGCCUAAGGACCUUGCACGGAUUGAGAUUAAACUCGAUGACAAUGAGAUCCCAAUAAGUGAGAAAACCUCUUUCUCUGAAUUCUUGGGCAGUUUGGCUAGGAAUGGUAUGUAUUGUCCAAUAGAUGUUGAAAGUUGGCUUAAGAUGCCAAGGAAACUUAAAAUGGACAUGUUAGAAGUGAUAAAGGAAAGGUUUGCUUUGCCUAUGGGACUAGAAGCUUGGACCUUAAGAUCUAUUGGCAAAAAAUGGAGAAGCUGGAAGGCAGAUUUAAAGGCUACAUAUUUUGAUCCUACCGUGGCAAAUACUGAAGCUCGGUUUCAAAAGGACAUAAGGGUACGGGAAGAGCAAUGGAUCAAACUUUGGGCUUAUUGGAAAAGUGAAGAAGCAAAGGCCAAACAGUUGGGAAGACCUCCUACUAGAGUAGAAAUGUUCAAUAAGUUUUAUACCCAUGCCGAUGGAACUCCAUCAAGUACCAUGGUUGCUGAGAAUUUGGUGGUUGGGCAAGACAAACAUGGUCAUGUUCGCUUGUUUAGUGACGGUAUGAAUCCAACGGAUUUAUGGGAAGACAUUCCUAGUCGUAACACAUGUUACCGUAUAAGUGUUCAACAACAGUCAUCAUUGGUCCGUUUGGAGGAAAGGCUUCAGCGACAAGAUGAUGAAAUAGCUAGCUUGAAGAAAAUGGUUUUAGUUCAACAUGGAAGGGGCUCUCCAAUUGACAGCCCGAGACAUCCUCCAUCAUCAUCUAACAAUGUAGGGAAUAUGGUUUCACUAAAAAGUUUGUUUGACCCAACAAAAAUCGUGGCAAAGGGAUAUUUACGGAGUCUGAAUCCAUUGGAUGAGGUCGGGGGACAAGCUCUUGGGCCAAACUGGUGUGAAAUUCAGAUACAAGUUGCAAUGAGGCCACGUGAGCAAUUGAUUAGACCGUGGAAACAGCUGAAGAAUGAUGGGGACUUCAUGGUAAUGACUGAGGACUCUCAACAAAAUGGAAAGUUUGGAAGCUACUUCUACUUCUUUCAACUUGUUAGGGAUGAGAGUCUUUUAGUUUGUGCACAAGAAAGUCUUUCAAGUUAUUGUAAAUGA